AUGGCGGACCCGUCCCGGCGCCUGGCGGAGGCCGCCCGCCGCCGCCGCCGCCCGCCGGGGGAGGAGCGGCGGGAGCCUCCUGGCGCCGGGCGCUGCCGGACCCGCCACAGGCUGAAGGCGGCCGCGGCACUGGCCCGCGCAGGGAGCGAGGGACCGGCGGCGAACAUGACUUCAGUAGAUAAAGAGUUUGCAGAAGACAGCAACUUUGCACCAAAAGCCAGCACCAGCAAGCUGCCAACAGAUGCAUCUCCUGACUCCAAAUGCCCCAUCUGCCUGGAUAGAUUUGACAAUGUUGCGUAUCUAGAUCGCUGCUUGCAUAGGUUCUGCUUCCGCUGUGUCCAGGAGUGGUCAAAAAACAAAGCAGAAUGCCCCCUUUGCAAGCAACCGUUUUUUUCCAUUUUCCAUACAAUUCGUGCUGAAGAUGACUUUAAGGAGUAUGUACUCAGCCCUUUAGAAAACAGCUCUUUUGCCAGCCCUGAUGGCCGGAGAUUUCGUUACCGUACUACCUUAACAAGGGAGCGCCGCAAUCGCAGUUCCCCUUCCCGAAGGAUGCUGUCCCCUCCAGAUAAUGGGAUGUUGUUUGAAGGGUUGUCAAGCGAACCAGUGCGUCACAGACACCGAGAGAUUCAUCAGAUGAUGAAGAGGCUGGCCUCAAGGAGGCAGGCUAGCGCGGAGGGCAGAUCUCUGCGGCAGAUUCAGGAGGAGGACAUGAUCAACUUCCGCAGAGCCCUCUACCGUACUGGUGUGCGUAUCCGCAGCAUUCAGGAUGGCGGCCGCUAUCGAGACAUCUCCGCAGAGUUUUUCCGCCGCAACCCUGCCUGCCUUCACCGGUUGGUUCCUUGGUUGAAGCGAGAACUUACAGUCCUGUUUGGUGCCCAUGGAUCUUUGAUUAAUAUUGUACAGCACAUAAUCAUGAGUAACGUGACUAGGUAUGAUCUGGAAAGUCAGGCCUUUGCUGAUGAUUUAAAGCCAUUUUUGCUGAAUCGGACAGAACACUUCCUGCAUGAAUUCAUCAGUUUUGCUCGUUGUCCUUUUAACUUAGAAGCAUACGAUCAACAUGCCAAUUAUGAUUGUCCUGCACCAUCAUAUGAGGAAGGAAGCCAUUCAGACUCAUCAAUUAUUACAAUAUCUCCGGAUGUGGCAUAUUCUCAAGGGCCAGAUAACAGUUCGUCUGUGCCUGGUCUUGGUCAGGCCCCCUGGGAUGAUGAAACUCCAGGGCCUUCCUAUUCCGUUUCAGAAGAGGUUCGUGCAACCAUAGCUUCUCCUCUGGAGUCAUCAGAAAGUUCUGAUGAGGACUCUGCUACAGGGAGUCAAGGAACCAAACUGCAGACUCAGUUACAGGCUAAUGUUGACUCAAAUGACAGUGGCUCUUCCUCAGACAAUUGUGUCAUUGUUGGGUAUGUAAAGCCAUUAGCUGAGAGGACACCAGAAGUGGUUGAACUGUCCUCAGACUCUGAGGAAUCCAUCAGGGAAGAGAAAAGGGAGGAUGUCAAGAAACAGCAGCCAGUCCAGUGUCACAGCUGGAGUGACAGUGAACGAAGCAGGAGCUUCUCGCCGUGUUCCCCAACGUAUAAGGAAGAUGCAGGUAGUUGUAGAAGCUGUUUAUCUCCUACAGUUGAGAAGACAGAGUCAAAAGAAGAUGUGAAGAAAAAAUGUAAGGGAAAAGAUCUGCCUCCACGGGACUUGAGCUGGAGCCCCUCUCCAGGGAGUGACACAGUGUGUUCCCCUUGGAAUCACAGGAAGGGAAAGUCUAGAAGCCCACAGUCCUGUUCACGGAGCAGUCGAGGCAGUCAUGGCCAUCGGUCUAGGAGGGAGCACCAUAGCAAAAGCCAACUUAAAAGGAGACGAUCAAGAAGCAGAGAUAGCAGCAAACACAGGAGCAAAAGAAGCAGUAGAAGGUCGAGGGCUCGUGACAACAGAGCCUCUCUGAAAAGCCAGAGGGGCUCUCUGAGUGGUGAGAGCACUCCAUCCAGAGAAUUAAGCAGAUCACGAUCGUGUAGCAAAGGCUACAGUAAAAGGAGAUCAAGAAGUAGAGACAGUGAUCGGUAUUAUGUAAGAGACAGUUAUCAAAGUAGACAUCAGUGGGGUUCUGCUUUCUGUAGUAGAAAGGUGUUUGGGGAUAGCUAUGAAUCCUCCAGUAGGAGGAGGACACGAUCUAAUACUCUCUAUUCGAGGCAAUCUGCUAGUCCAGAAUACAGGAUACGGUCAUUUAUUGAGAGGACAGACCUGCAUAGCCAGAGGGGACUCCAUGAGAGACACUAUUACUGUUAUGAAAGAUGCAGGUCAAGGAGUCGGUCGAGCAACAGGUCAAGGACUCCUUCUGGAGGAACUGACAGAAUGAAAAGCGAAAAGCCUGGUGGAAAAAGGAAGUACAAAACUCGCCACCUGGAGAAUGCAUUCACGGAGAGCAUAAGUCUAGAAAGAGAAAAUGACCCCAAGAAAACUUCCUCAAAAUUCAGUGACUGCUGCAAAAAUGAAGAUAGCCCAUCAGACAAUCGAGCAGGUAAUGAGUCAAAGCGUAAAAAAAGGAAGAAGAAGUUGAGGAGUCCAAGUGUGGAGAUAGUCUACGAGGGAAAAGCAACGGACACAACGAGGCAUCUUAAAAAAAAAAAGAAAAAGCAUAAGAAGAAACACAGGAAACAUCACAUCAGUAACUCAGCACAUUCUUCUCCAGUGGUGAUUACAAUUGAUAGUGACAGUAGCAAGGAGCCAGAAAGUACUGAAUGGGACAGCAGUAUUACAUGGACAGGCACAACUCUGAAAAAUGAGGGAGAAAAUGAGUCUCCAUCUUCUUUCCUGAGGACAAGAUGUGAGGAAACUGGAGAAGCAGACAAAAAGUACAGUAUCCCUACCACAAGGGAAGACUUAGAUGGUGACAUUAGAAAUGCUGAUGUCAAACUUCAAGGAACAGCAGCUGAUCAGAGUGUUACCACAGCAGAUACCAGCAGUAACACCUCUCACACAGAAACUGUAACCAGCUAUGUUCAGGAAGCACCAGCAGCGCCUUCCAGUCAAUUAUCUUCCCCCAGGAUUUCCUUCCCAGAGCAUCCAGAGAGACAACCAUUGAUACUAAGACUGCCAAAGAGACUUGUCAACAAAUCCUCUUGGUUUGGUUUCCCAGAAGAAAAAAUGUAGCACACUUUCCACGGAACAUUUUUUGAAAUUGUGAAUUUAACUACCUUUUUUUUUUCCCCUUAAGAACUAAAAUAUCGGGUAGAAUUUCUCUCUGUUAAAAGAUGUCUGGGAAAUGUGUAAAACCUUUGAAUGUGUAUGCACUUUUGAGUCGAAGAAGAUAGAGUAUUGCUAGUAUGUAACUUUAAAAGUUUUUUUUUGGAAGACUGUUUAGAAAUUGUAAUUUGAUAAAGCCAUCCACAGUAUUUCAAAGUUUUGCUUAAACCAAAUGACAGAAAAGGAGCCCAAACCAAAAGCCAGAAAAUUAAUUUUAUGGGGAUUACCCUUCUUAGACAAGGGAAAAAAUGUUUGGUUCAUAAGAAAUUAUUCAGUCUGAAUUCCAGCAUCAUUUCAAUUUCUUUGGUUUAAGCUGAUCUCUGCUGAAAAGUAGUCAGUGAUUUCUACAGAGAUCCUCAGAGGACUUCUAGUAAUUUCAAGGUAAGCUAUGUCAAAAGCUGAAUAAAGCAAUAAGACUUCUUUUUUUAAAACAUA